UUUGUUCCAACAGUGAAUGGUUCAGGACCUGUCCAUAUUGUUUAUGUACCAUCUCAUCUCUACCAUAUGCUGUUUGAACUUUUCAAAAAUGCUAUGAGAGCUACUGUAGAAAAUCAUGAAUCCAGUCCUAGCCUUCCAUCUAUCAAAGUGAAAGUCGCACUGGGCGGUGAAGAUGUCACAGUUAAGAUGAGUGACAAAGGUGGUGGUGUUUCCCUGAGUAAGAUAGACCGGCUGUUUAGUUACAUGUAUAGCACAGCUCCCACACCACACUUGGAAAGCUCAAGAGGCACACCACUGGCUGGUUUUGGCUAUGGGCUGCCUAUUUCAAGACUUUAUGCCAAGUACUUUCAGGGAGAUCUUCAGCUGUAUUCCAUGGAGGGUUAUGGAACUGAUGCAGUCAUUUACCUAAAGGCUCUAUCAAAAGACUCAGUAGAAAGACUACCAGUUUAUAACAAAUCUGCUUGGCGACAUUACCAACAUAGUCAUGGGGCUGAUGAUUGGUGUGUACCUAGCAGUGAUCCAAAGAACAUGGCUGCACACAAGAUUCAGCAAUGAUGCACAAGCUCAUCGGUUCACUGGUAUAGAAAAGAAUAAAAAUAACUCUAUUUUUACAAGGUCAGUCAGCCAUGACAUGGAAUUUUUAGACUAUAGAAUGGCUCUUUCGAGCAUUUGAUAACAUAGAAGCAAUAAUUAAAAUGAGGAAUCUUCUCAAAUGAUUAACCUAGAGUUGAUUCUAAAGAAGUUUUUGUCUCAUUUUAUUUUUGCGGAAUGCUGUAUCCCUCUUGAGAGUCGAGAGAUCUUUAUUGAUUUAUUGUGGCAUUGUUUAGUGUUUAAGCUUCAAGCGUCAGAUUAUAGAAAAAGCACAUUAGGUAACAUUAAAGAUUCUGGUUUGAGUUCUAAGCUAAAACUGUAGGUAAAGGUAUCAGUAGUCCAGAGAAGUCUGGGCUGCUUCUCACCAGUAAAACAGCUAUGAAAAUUCAAAUUUUGAGCCAUACGUUACAAAGAAGAAAUAUCCCAAACUUGAAACUUAAAAUGCAGCCAUGUACUAUACAAAUUAUUGAUCUAAAAUGAUGACAUUUAACAAACCAAUAAGCUAAGAUGCAUUUAAAAUACCUUAGUAUAAUUGAGUUAAAUUUGCAUUUUUUUUUAGGGGUGUAUGUGUUUACUUUCUAUGAAUAGGUGAUUCUAAAAUCAUAUGGCCUGUAUCCAUCACUGACUCUUAGACUACUUUUGAGUUCAGUUAGAAUUAAACCCUGAAAUGUAGAAAUAGUUCUGAAAUUCAGUUUGUCUCGCUACCUUUGUUAUUUUUCUUAGGGCCUUUUAGCUCUGGUUUUUUGCUGCCUUCGGGUCCUUUAAUUUCAAGUAUUGACUUUGCAUCAGUGACAUUUUGACCAAACUCUAUGCAUGCAAUCCCUUUCAUGGGAAGAAGGGUUUCCUAUGUUAACUUGAUUUCAAUUCUUAGACUAUAUCUUGUUCUGCAUUUUUCUAGUAGAGGGAACAUUCUUUGUUAAUUGCUUUUAUUUACAUUACUUUUAUAUUUCAAGUUUGCUCAGCCCCUUCAACCUUUGAUAUUUUCCUGGUCAUUCACUGCUGGAAUUUUUCCAAAGUCACAAAUCUUAUUCUGUUCAGUUUAGUGUUUAUGAUAUAUUUUGACCAGUACUAUAUAUGAUUGAACCACUUCUUUUUUAAUAUUCUAAAUUGUCGUGAUGAAGUUCAGUGUCACAACAUUUUAUAUAAUGAAUUUUUGCCCAUGUAAGCUAUUUUUGUUUUGACCACUAGACCCCUAGAACCCUUCCUUUCAUUUGCUCUUUUCCCUUUGCCUUGCCACUAUCCCCUCCCCAGGGCUUUGCUGUUAUAAUCCUAUCAGAAAUGCUUUCUAAAUUUAUUUUUUUUAAAUUUCAACUGCCCCUCAGCUUUACAACAGUCUGCUCCCUCGAAAGUUUACACUACCUCUUUGUAUCAACUGUAGAUGCUGUAUCCCAAUUUCUUUUUUCGUAAAUGUAUUGGUGGAAUGCUAUCUGUUCCUUUUAUCUGUAUAUACAUUGUGUGUAAAUCUGUAUAUGUGCUGAAUGUAAGAUGUGCCAAAGAUGUUUAUUAACAAAAAGUGAAUUGUUAGCCUUUUAAAUUGUUCAGCUGUUGCAAUAUGAAUGCUUUUUUUAAAAAAAAAAUUAGAGCACAACUCUUGUAAAUCCUAAAAUGAUUGAUUAAACCUAAAUUUUGUUUGAUUUAAAAUAAUUUAGUUUUGAGAAGAUUACAAUACGUCUCAUUUUAAUGUGAAUUUACAUAAUGCAUGACUGCCAUCUUUGGUUGUGUGCGAUUACUAUCAGCUCUGACUUUAUUCUUCACAAUACUGUGGCUCAUCAUUGUAUAUUCAUAUUCAUCAGUAUUAUAUGUGUAUUUGGAAAUACAUCAUGUCAAUAUAAUUGUUUCAAGGACAAUUUUUCUCAAAUUUCAACUUUGCAAAUUUGGUUCAAAAUUCAAACUUUCAGAAAGCAUUUAAAAUUUAAAUUAAUAACUAUCUGAUCUGGCCAUAUUUCUGAGAAGCGCAAGGUUUGAAUCAUCGCAAUUACAAUUGUAAGUGAUGUAUAAUUUUCAACUAGAUAGAAAGAGGAAGAUUACCCUAGUUGUCAUACAAAUCAAAUUCUUCAGUUUGCUCUAGGACCUGGAAUUAUGGUGAAUGCAGGUUCAGUAGUGGCAUUAGAUGAUUAUUUGGAUUGAAAUGGUGUGCAGGGAUAUGGGGAAAAGGCACUAGGUAACAGAACUAGUGCAAGCAUGAUGGGCUGAAUGUGCUAUAACAAGUGUGAUUUAUUUAAGCAAAACUCUUAAAGGUUUGAGUACACUAUUUAUUGUAGAUGCACCAGAGUUCCUUUUUUUAAAAUUAAAUAAUGACCAAAAUAAUGGUACCAAUUGAUUCAAAUUGGGCUUUCACUAAUGGAAGCUUCACACACUAUUCAUGGGAUGAACAUGUAUACAAAGAGUGGACUACUGUGUUUUGAAGUUGCUGUACUUUUCAUGUGCAGGAAUGAAAACAUACCCAAAUGUUGGCUUCUAUAAAUCCUGAAGUAUUAAUGUAAAAAUGAAGAGUAACAGUUGUCAAUUUUAGAAUGUGUAUCUAAAUAUUUGAGUAAGCAAUAAACUGGAUCACUUGAACAAA